AUAUCAUCAUUACCGUAACGAAUAUAUAAUGUAUCAAUUCGGUGUUGAAUGGCAAGGGUUUUCUUUGUUUUUUGGUCGAGCUGUGAGACUUGUUUGAAUAUUCGAAUUUGAAUUUCUUCAGGUUCAGGUGGAUGACAAUGAUCACUUUUAACGUUUAAAAUAAUAUCUUCAAGAUCAGUACGAGCAGUAAUAGUACAACAUGAAUCUUCACAUCGAUAGUAUUUCGUUGUGCUUGUUGUCUUAUUCAAUUUAAAGAUGAAAUUGUUUAUAUUCAACAUUUUUUUUUCCUUUUUGAGACAUGAUAAAUGAUGUUUUAUCAUUAGGAGUAGUCAUCAUAUCUGAAAAACCUAAGAAUAAAUUUGUAUAUCUUUAACUUUUUAACGAUCAUCACUCGAAAUUCCAUCAGUAUAACCAUUAUUAAUGGAGUACCAAAAAGAAAUUAAUUAAUCAAUGACGAUUGAUAUUUAUCUAUUAUAUUCAUAUAUUUACAAAAGCACCACUUAAAGAAUAAGCACUGUUAAUUACAUGAACUAAGCAAUUAACUAAGAAAUUUUUAGCGACGCCUUAUGACUAUUAAUUAUUUUCCUUUCCUUUCGCUGUUUUCUAAUUCGAUAUUUUUCCUCAUUUUUUUUCUAUAUUUUUCCUUUCUUCCUUUUCCCAUCAUACCUAUAGAAAGAAUUUCACUGUUGAUCAUACACAUGAAAAUAAAUGAUUCAAAAAUUAAAAAGCUAAAAGCAUCAACAUUGUUCAGAAAUACACGAAUUCGAACUUUAACAUUAAUGUUAAUUUGUAAUUUUAAUAAUCAUUUUAGGUUCAUUUGAAAUGUGUUUUAUACUAUCAAGUAACACUAAUUUCGUUUAUUUUUUAAUCAUACAGACCAGAACAAAUAUUUCUAUUUGUUACGGAUUGUAUUAGAAAAAUUGAUUGCACAUUAUUGAAUAGUCAUCAGAAAGGAAUUUUAAUUCGUUUAAUUUUAUUGUUUUAGAAAUCUUCGUGCAAUUGAUCUUAUUCGAAAUGUUUAUCGUGAAAAUGGUAUUUGGGGUUUUUAUAAAGGCAUUUCUGCAUCUUAUGUUGGUGUAUCGGAAACUAUAGUUCAUUUUGUAAUUUAUGAACAAAUAAAAGCACAAUUACAAUUAAUUCAAAUACGUCAAAAUCGUUCAUUGGAUGAUACAGGCUUAUACAGUUUUGCAUCUUAUGUAAUAUCAGCAGCAUGUUCAAAAACAUUUGCAACAACAUUAUGUUAUCCUCAUGAAGUUGUUCGAACACGUUUAAGAGAAGAAGGUACAAAAUAUCGAACAUUUAUGCAAACAUUAAAAACAGUUUAUUAUGAAGAAAGUCUAGCUGGAUUGUAUCGUGGUUUAUUAACACAUCUUAUUCGACAAAUUCCAAAUACAGCUAUUAUGAUGAGUACAUAUGAACUUGUUAUUGCGUUUCUCUCAUCGACUUCAGUAAUGCCAACAUCAUCAUCAUCGUCGUCGUCAGUUGAAAUAACAACUUUACAAACAAAAAAAGUUUUAGUAAAUCAUGUUGAUCUUGAAGCUAAUGCAGUAAAUGAAUCCGAGUUAUAA